GCAGUUAGCAUUUGGGUUAUUGUACGACUCGGACUUAUUUAUUAGAAAAACUUAGGAAUGAACUAAAUUCCUUCAAUAUGAGCCAAACAAUCAACGUAGAACAGCUAAACUCGGCGCUCACCUCCCUCAGAACUCUACGCUCAAGCGUUAGUCACGUCUUCGAAACCUUAUCAAAUGGUCUACGAGCCGACCAUGGGGAAGACAGCAAGGAUAAGUUCCUACUUGAACUGCAGGAACUUCUCAACAAUGUAAAUAUCAAUUUGAGAGACUUGGAACAAACAGUGAACGGCCUACCCAUUCCAACAGCGCCCUUUAAUCUGGGUAAUACGACGUUUUUAAGUCAAGAAACUACGCAAGAUCGCCAAGCGUUGUACACUCAACUGGUAAACAGCUACAAAUGGACGGACAAAAUACACGAAUACAGCUCCUUCGCGCACACAUUACUGAGCCAAAAUUCGUUGAAAAGGUCUUACAUAAAUUCGGGGAGCACGAAACGUCGGGGUAAACUACAAAGUAAUCACAACGUAGCACCUCAUCAAGUGGACAACGUAAUAAAUAACAUAGAUCGCUCUUACGGCGAUAUGAAAAUCACAAUAUCCCGCCCAUUUGCUAGCAACGCUGUCGUACAGAUCAAUUUAAGUCAUGUACUGAAAGCAGUUGUUGCAUUUAAAGGAUUAUUAAUGGAGUGGGUUAUGAUUAAAGGCUGUGGUGAGACUUUAGACUUAUGGACAGAAUCUCGUCAUCACGUUUUCCGGAAGGUGACAGAAAAUGCUCAUGCUGCUAUGUUACAUUUCUAUUCACCAACGUUACCAGAGCUAGCUGUCAGGUCAUUCAUGACAUGGCUGCAUAGUUAUGUCAACCUUUUCAGUGAGAUGUGUAAACGCUGUGGAUGCCAUUUACAUCAUACAUCCAUGUUGCCACCUGCGUGGCGCGACUUCCGCACCCUUGAACCAUUUCAUGACGAAUGCAAGCAAUAGUUAAUGUGGUAUUGAAGGGGAAAGGGUGGAACACUGGUCUGUUGAAGUCGCUUGUGUUGCAGCUUUCUCCUUCAAUAUAAAAUGUGUUAAAAUUGACAGUUUCAGUGUAAUUUUAGUGAAUGUGAAUAUGCUAUUGCUUAGUUAAGUGUAAUAUCUCUUCUUUUUUUAGACUAUGUAAUUAUUUAGCAAAUAGCCUGGUUUAAACUAGACUGCACAACAUUCUGACAUUUGAAUGUGGCUCUGAGUUGAACUAUCAUGAAAUACCAUUACUAUUCAGAAAUUAUGCCACUAUUUGUGUUAACACUUAAAUGUCAUGAAACAUUGUCCAUAUGAGUUAGAUCCUAUUCAUUUUAGUACAUACAACCAAAAUGCACUGUUGCAAUCCUUAUAACUUCAAAGCAGAAUACAAAAGGCAGCCUUAUUGCUACAAAGUGAUAUCCUCCACCUUUUGUAUACUGCUGUAAAAACAGACAGAUGUUUUUUAUAUUCUAGUUCUGCUUUUUUUUAACUUGUAGUGGGCGAAUAAAGAGUAUAAAUAACACCUUAAUCUAAUAUAGUAUAUAGGAUGUCCUAUUAUUACUAAUACCUAAUAAAGUUUGUCAUCUUUGCCCACCAACCUCUCUGAUAUGCGAGAGAUGGGAUAGGCUUUGAACAAUCGCCUUUUAGCCUUCUCCAUCUGACUAACUUUAGCAAAGUACUUUGUGCCCAGUUGGAACAGAUAAAAGAGAUCUCUUGUAUAAAUAAGAUUUCCUUUGUUUACUUCAUUUAAUUAUGUGUGUAAUCAAAAUUUCUGGUACAUAAAUAAUAAAUGUAGUACAGAGGUGCACCUGUACUUUAAAAAACUGUGAAAAAUUGUUUGGAGAUUACAAAGCUCAGCCAUCCUACUGUUGGGGUCUUUUAAUUGUUCUCAAUUCCUUGUUAAAAUUUAUUAUUGAACAUGGUUUUAUUAAUCUAAUAAGAAGGAUGUUUUAAUUAUUUGCCUCACUUACACAUACUGUGGGCGCUACUUCAGUAAAAUAUCCUAACUUGUAAGUGCGCCACUGGCUUAAAAAGGUUGGGAACCCCUGAAAUAAGCCAUUUAAGAGUUUGUUUCUUGAUCCUGCCAACCAGCAACAAAACAUCAAUUAAGCUAAUGA